AGAGUUAAGACGUAUCAUUUUCAGGUGAGGAGCAUUACAUCCGGCAAUCGCUUAAUCGGGACGUGCGAGCGUUUAGUCGAAGAUUUAAGAUUUGUUAAUCUGAAGAUCAGAGGUCUUGCGGGUGGAUUUUGGCCCGUGCAGACUCACCUGCUGGAACUUGACCUCUGACCGCUGGGUCAAAGGGCGUUUUGGGAGAUCACUGGGCAUCAUUUAGCUUGAGUGUAUUUUUUCAGAAGAAAGACUGAGGAUUGGGAGGUCCCGCCGCCAUGCCUUCCCUUCCCACUUUGAACAGCCUGGGGAAACUCUGUGGAUCUGGACGCAGUCAGCAAGUGGAUCGCACCCGGAUCAAACGCACAAACUCUGUCAAACGCAUAUCUGUCAUAGAAGACGGUCGUGUUUCAGAAGUGCUGUACCUCGUCCCGAAAGAGUCUGUGAUGCAACAGCUGCCGUUCAUCAACCCUGAAGACUAUUACCUGACUGAGAGCCUAUCACCUGUGGCCCAUGCACAGGAAGCUCACCACCAGACGGAGAAGCCUUUGAUACGCUGUGCUAAAUGUGGGGAGGUGUGCAAGGGAGAGGUGUUACGAGUUCAGGCCAAACACUUCCACAUCAAGUGCUUCACGUGCAAAGUGUGUGGAUGCGAUCUGGCUCAGGGAGGGUUCUUCAUGAAGAAUGGAGAAUAUCUGUGCACUCUGGACUACCAGCGCAUCCACGGCACCCGCUGUAACAUCUGUGGAGAGUUUGUGGAGGGGGAGGUGGUGACCGCGCUCGGCAAGACCUACCACCCGACAUGCUUUGUGUGCACAAUCUGCAAGAGACCAUUUCCCGCUGGAGACAGAGUGACGUUCAAUGGCAAGGACUGUCUGUGUCAGUACUGCGCAGAGCCCAUGUCUCCGGGACCCACCAAAGAUGUUGUUGGACCCAGCAGUUGUGCUGGCUGCGGCAGAGAUAUUAAGAACGGUCAGGCUCUGUUGGCUUUAGAGAGUCAGUGGCAUUUGGGCUGUUUUAAAUGUAAGGCCUGCGCCAAAGUAUUGACUGGAGAAUACAUCAGCAAAGACGGCGCCCCCUACUGUGAGCGUGAUUAUCAGGUGUUGUUUGGAGUGCAGUGUGAAGCAUGUCAGCAGUUCAUCACCGGGAAAGUCCUGGAGGCUGGGGACAAGCACUACCACCCCAGCUGUGCUCGCUGUAGCAGGUGUAACCAGAUGUUUACUGAAGGAGAAGAGAUGUACCUGCAAGGAUCGACAGUUUGGCAUCCAAGCUGUAAACAUUCACCCAGAGGCGAGGAGAGACAGCGGCCGACACGUUCGUCGUCCGAGAGUAUAUGUUCCAGACCUUGUUCAAGCAUACCUAGCUCACCGGGUCACACCAUAUAUGCAAAAGUAGACAAUGAGAUCCUUGAUUACAGGGAUUUAGCAGCCAUUCCCAAGGUCAAAGCCAUUUAUGACAUUGAGCGUCCAGAUCUAAUCAACUAUGAGCCACUUUACACCACCUCACUGGAUGAGUCAGAGGAGAGAGAGAGUGUGGGAGAGCUGCAGAGCUCCAGGAGAGAGUGUUCACCUAUGCCAGAAGACAGAACCAGGUCACCAACACCAACAGCUGAGGGUUACUACGAGAUGAGAGAACGAAUCCUCCAUCGGUCGACAAGUCAAGGCUCCAUCGGCUCACCCAUUUACAGCCGCCACAAUUACACUCCCACCCUGUCACGCUCACCACAGCACUUCCACAGACCCGGCACUGAGCCGUCCAGUGGUCGGAGUUCUCCAGGGGCCAGCACCCCUCCUCUCCUUCUGACUCCCAAACAUUUUCACCUGCCAGAUCAAGGAGUAAACAUCUACAGAAAACCACCUAUCUACAAACAGCAUGCCCAGAGCAAGUCUGCUGAUGACAUCAUCAAAUCGGCCAAAUUCCCCUCAGCGUUCGCCCCCGGUCCAGACUACCCAGCAAAGAUAGAGACCGACUGCUGGUCCUUCCCGAUCUCCCACGCUGCCCUAGGAACAGACGGGAGGAGAAGGUCGAGAGAGGAGGAUGAGGAGGAGCUCCAGAAGCGCAGACAGAUCCAGGAGGAACAUCUCAACAAGAUCCAGUCUGGUUUGGGGAAAAUGAUUCUUAAGGAGGAGAUGGAGAAAGAGAUGAUCCGAGAGCGUCAUGCACGGAGCCUGUCAGCACAACGCUACGAACACGGAAGCAAUCAAAAUUCACCAUCUAAAACAGGCUCGCUGCCUGGAUAUGGGCGUAAUGGACUGCAUCGGCCUCAGUCGACUGAUUUCACUCAGUAUAACAGUUACGGAGAUGUGUGUGGCGGGAUGAGAGAGUUUCAGCCCAUGCAUGAUGGCCACCGUACAGCCACCAGAAUGGACAGAGGAGUGUCUAUGCCUAAUAUGCUGGAACCAAAAGUUUAUCCAUAUGAAAUGCUCAUUGUAACAAGCCGCAGUCGCUCCAAACUGCCCAGAGAUGUGGACAGAACCAGACUAGAGCGCCACCUGGCUCCAGAGAUGUUCUUUGAAAUCUUCGGGAUGGCAAUUCAGGAGUUUGACAGGUUACCUCUGUGGAAACGCAACGAACUGAAGAAGAAAGCCAGACUCUUCUAACAACACUCACAUGUAUCAUACGGCCGUUUACUCCUCUUCUGAUAUUUCUCGCUAAAAUUAUAGCCAGAAGGAAGCUCCGUGCUGCAAUAUGAUGUCAGUUUAUAAAGAACGGAGGGUUUUAACAUUUCAUCUCUAUCUCCGAAUUUUUCAAAUCUUGUUUUUUUUUUUUUUUGUUUGUUUUUUUUCGCUGUCGCUUUAAUUUCCUCUCUUCCAGAAACGAGUCUUCCUCUUUUUGUUCUUUGUUCUUCUUGGAUGUCUCCGUGAAUCAUGUUCAUGCAGGUCGGAUUUUCCAAACCUUUGUAAAUGUUGCGGUUAUAAUCCUUUUUAAUUCACUGCUCCUCCGUUUGCGUCACUUUUGGUUCAGGGAGGGAUUGUAGAUGCUACACUGUGUGGGUGUCUGUGUCUUUGUACCCGUUCAUGUAAUGCAUUCGAAGAGGCUUAAUCCAUACUAGCACAUAUCCAUGUAUUCACCCUUUGCUACUGUACCAGACUCCAGUUAACAUCUCUUAAUUAAAGGUCAAGUGUAUCAUUUCUGAACAGACCUGAAAAAAAUAAUAUCGCUGUCAAUCACGUCGCAUCAUUGGUUACUAGCUACUUAAACCGGCCAUUUUUCCAUUUGGUGCCACUCACUUUUCAGAAGUGACCCACUUAACCUUUACGCUUUCUGAUACUGAAUUAACUGUUGAAUCGAUGCCGAUGUCCCUAGUAUAUUGUAUAUUUAAAUUAUAGAAUACAAAUGUAAGGUAAAAAUGAACUGCAUUUGAUUUUUUUUUAAAGAGCGGAUACUUACACUGCCAAUUUAUUGUAUUAUAAUUGUAUUUCUGAAUAAAGGGAAAUGUCUCGAUGUGCAACUUUAAGUAAAAACCAAAGGCAUUACAACCCGAACGGGCUCUGCGGGAGCUGUAGUCUGAAGCUGUUUUUUUUUUUUCGUCCUCAGAUGAAUUAUAGGGUCGUGUUUCUUCAGACUGCACUGGAUUUGCUAUGAAGCUCAUACAAUGAAUUAUUAGCUGGACCAAAUCAAUGAAUUCAGAUGAAACAUCAUCAUUAAACACCAUGCUGACAGACUGAAAUAAAAUUUUGGGAAACGGA